AUUUUUUACAGAUAAAAAGAUGCUGAAAUUAACCGCGCUGACAGUGUUACUUGCGACGAUAGUGAUAGCCAAACCGGAACCCCCGGUGCUUGGGGGCCAGUACCUUCCGCCUAAUCAGCAGUAUGGUCCACCACAGAGAAACAACAACGGAUUUGGUGGGAACGCAGGACCUAAUGGAGGAGGAUUCGGAAGUAAUCAAUACCUCCCGCCAAAUCAGCAAUACGGAGCACCAGGGGGAAACUCUGGUAUCUCUGGUAACUCUGGUAACUCUGGUAAUUCCGGAUACAAUGACGGUUACAGUGAUACUCCAGCCAAGUACGAAUUCGAGUACAUGGUAAAUGACAUAGAGAGUGGUAAUGACUUUGGUCACAAGGAGAGCCGUGACGGUGAGGUGACACGCGGCGUUUACUACGUUCUUUUACCUGACGGCAGACGUCAAACUGUGGAGUACAUUGCCGACGAGAAUGGGUACAGACCAGUCGUCACUUACAUGCAAGAAGGCAAUGGCGCUGGAAAUGGUUACCGAAACGAGGGACCUGGAAAUGGUUACCCAACCGGAGGAAACAAUGGUUAUCGUUAUUAG